ACAAUUGUUUAUUAUUAUUUAAUGCGUUCAUCUGAAAACCGUUAAAUAACUAAAAUAGUCUUCUACUCACUCUAUUGAGAAAAUUGUACACUAUGUCAACUUUAGAAAAAUUGGUAAACAACCAUAUGUCGGUAAUAAAAAUAUUAGUCGGUAAAUUACUUAUUGAUAAAUCGAAAAUUUCAUGUCAAUAUCACGUGAUACAUAACAAUGACUUUCUAAAACACAAAUCUAAUAAAUAAAUGCGAAAUUAUAAUUCUUCUAUUUAAUAAUGAGUGAAGUAUCAAACACCUGAAUAACCUAUAGAUCAUUUAUAAUUUUAUAUUUACAUUGAUUUUUUGAAUAAAAAAAAUCGUGUGUGAAAGUAAAGAUUAUCAUCAAUGAAAAAAUUUCCUCGAAUUUUUUUUAUCAAUUAUUAUUUUAUGGAGUUUGAAUUUUUACGAUAAUCUGUUGAUUUUAUUCAAUGAUAAUAAAGUGAAUAUCAUUUGUAAUCUUUUUGAUUACGCAAUCAAGAAGACGUGACUUUUUUUAAACAUAUUCGGCUUCUCUAAGUAAGUACGAAAAAGCAAUACCAGUGGAAAGUAAUUCGCAGGAAGUUAGAUAACCUCAAAAUGAUUGAAUAGAUAUUGAAAAUUCUCAUUGAAUUAGAAAGUUAAUUAAAGUGGCAGUUUGAAAUCAUGGAUAAUAUUACGAUGACAUUUUGUCCGCCAAACAUCACGUUCGAUGAUGUAUGGAUUACUCAUCGUAUCUCUAAAUGCUUCCUAGAAACUGUGACUGUUGCUACAGUAUCAUCUUAUCUUUUGGUCUUCGGUUCUUUACAAUUAUGGAUGUACUGGAAAUAUGGAACAGAAGUAAAUCGAAAUAUCUUACCUCAUAGCAAAUUAUAUAAUUUACAAAAAUUUCUAUUAUACCUUGUACCGUUACUCAGUUUAACUCGAAUAAUUCUACAAGCGACGAUUCUAGAUGAUAAGAAAGUCUAUGGAUACAUGAUUUUAACAACAUGUUUGACAAUAAUUGUUUACCCCUAUUCAGUGCAUAUUUUAAGGGUUGAGAGGCACAAAUUAUUACCAUCAGUUCCUCCACGAGGUCAUGGAAUUGUUCUACUAGGUUUUUGGACUAUCGCCUUUGUUGGAGAGAAUGCAGCUUUUUUUAAUAUUAGAAAAGAUGAUUGGUGGUUUGAUUUAAAUACGCCAAGUGAUCAAAUAGAAAUGUCUUUAUUUGUUUUGCGGUAUAUAACCAACCUAAUGAUAUUUGCGUUGGGAUUGAGAGCACCGGGAAUUAAUGGAAACUCUGAACCUAACUACAGAACUUUAAAUGACAGCAAUGUCAACUCAAGAUAUUAUAGAAGAAGACCAGAUGACAAUCAGUCUACUUGGAAAAAUUUUUGGUACAAAGUUAAAACUCUUGCACCAUUCUUAUGGCCAGGAGGAUUUCUUUUGCAAUUAAGAGUUCUAUUUUGUUUUGCUUUAUUGGCAGCUGGUCGUGGUAUAAAUCUCUACGUUCCAAUAUAUAAUAAAAAGAUUGUUGAUAGCCUUACAGAUACAACUGGUAACCCUGAUUACCGUUGGGAUUUGAUUGUUAUUUAUGUACUAUUUAAAUUUCUCCAAGGUGGAGGAACUGGCAGCAUGGGAGUACUUAACAAUUUAAGAUCAUUUUUAUGGAUAAGAAUCCAACAAUUCACUACUAGAGAAGUCGAAGUGGAAUUGUUUAGACAUUUACAUAGCUUGAGUCUUCGAUGGCAUUUGGGACGUAAAACUGGAGAAGUGUUACGAAUUAUGGAUCGUGGAACAGAUUCAAUCAAUAAUUUAUUAAAUUAUAUUCUUUUCUCUAUCGUUCCUACUAUUAUUGAUAUUUUGAUUGCUGUUAUAUUUUUUGUCAGUUCCUUUAAUCACUGGUUUGGCCUUAUUGUAUUCAUCACCAUGUUCCUGUACAUUGUUGCAACCAUUGGAGUAACUGAAUGGCGAACUAAAUUUCAACGACGAAUGAAUCUUGCAGAUAACGCUAGAAAUGCGAGAAGUGUUGAUAGUUUAUUAAAUUUUGAAACUGUAAAAUAUUAUGGAGCUGAAAGUUAUGAAGUUAAAUCAUAUAAAGAAGCGAUUCUGAAAUUUCAAGUUGAAGAAUGGAAGUCAAUGAUUACCUUGAAUAUUUUAAAUACUGUACAAAAUAUUAUCGUAUGCGGUGGUCUUCUUACUGGAUCAAUUUUGUGUUUGCAUAUGAUCGUUUAUGAAAAAACCUUAACUGUUGGUGAUUAUGUUCUUUUUGCCAGUUAUAUUAUUCAAUUGUAUGUUCCAUUAAAUUGGUUCGGAACUUAUUAUCGAGCGAUACAGAAAAGUUUUGUUGACAUGGAAAAUAUGUUUGAUUUAUUGCGUGAAGAUCAAGAAGUAAUUGAUGCACCUGGUGCAGGUCCAUUGAUUGUCAAACGUGGAUUAGUAGAAUUUUCAAAUGUUACAUUCGGUUAUGUCCCAGAAAAAGUCAUUUUAAAAAAUGUAAGCUUUACUGUACCUGCUGGAAAAACUAUUGCAAUUGUUGGGCCUUCCGGAGCUGGAAAAUCCACAAUUAUGAGACUUCUUUUUAGAUUUUAUGAUGUGGAACAAGGAUCAAUUAGUAUUGAUGGACAGAAUAUUAAAACUGUUAAACAAGAUUCAUUAAGAAGUGAAAUAGGUGUUGUUCCGCAAGAUACUGUCCUAUUUAAUAAUACGAUAAAAUAUAAUAUUCAAUAUGGCAAAAUAGAUGCUCCAGAGGCAGAUAUUAUUGCAGCAGCUAAAAAUGCUGAGAUUCAUGAAAAAAUUCUUACAUUUCCUGAAGCAUAUGAAACACAAGUUGGAGAAAGGGGUUUAAGACUGAGCGGUGGUGAAAAGCAACGUGUAGCCAUUGCAAGAACGAUGUUAAAAGCCCCGAAAAUAGUUUUAUUAGAUGAAGCAACGAGUGCACUUGAUACGCAAACUGAAAGAAACAUUCAAGCUGCAUUAAAUCGUGUUUGUGCAAAUCGUACAACAAUUAUGAUUGCUCAUAGAUUAUCAACAAUAAUCCAUGCCUCAGAAAUAUUAGUUUUAAAGGACGGAGAAAUCGUUGAACGUGGAAAGCAUGAAGAAUUAAUUAGCUAUGGUGGUGUUUAUCAUGAAAUGUGGCAGGCACAGCUGCAAACUGAGGCUGAGAAUGAUGGAAAGCCGACAGAGGACGACAACAAAAAUGAUUUGUCAGAUAAAGAUGUAACUUUUGCUCUAAAACAUCCUCCAAAUCAUCCUUAAGAAUAAAAAAAAUAAAAUGAAAAUGAUCUUAGAAAUCAAUAAAAUUUUCAAUAUUUAUUAGAA